AUGCACUAUGUGGUACUAGAGCUGCAAGUUGCGCAUUUGCCAGAUACCCCCAAGGAUCAAUGUCGCAUUGCGAAUAUAGCAUUUCAAAUUGUGAAUGCUGAAACAUUAGUAUGCCAUUAUGGGACCAAUUCUUUACCGAGCAUUGAAGUAAACGGGACGACAAAGAGUUUGGAGAGUGCAAUGGUGCAAUUGGACAAGGAUAUUCAUGACGUUAUUGGUAACGACGACUUUGUUCUUGUUUCCCUGUAUUCAACAUGGCAUAUCCGUGUUACCUUACCACGUCAAGCGAGAGAUGAUGGGUUUAUUCUUACUUCUUAUUUACAACAUCCGAAAGUAUUUGACUUAUGGAAGGAAUUCGAUAGAUGGUGUGUCAACCAUCCGGAGAUUUUGGGACAAAAGAAAGCAAUCUCCAACAACAAUUGUAAUACUAAAAGUAUUAGUAUUAAUGCAGCCAAAAAUACGAAGGAUUUGGACGAAAUAGUUAGAAUAUUGGAAGUUUCAAUCCCAACUGAAGAGGCAGGCUCUGUUCCAGAGAUAUACUCUCUUUUAAAAAGGACAACGGAUAUAUUAAUACAAUUGCACAAAAAGUGUACUUCCCCUGAAGAUAUGGAAUCUGUCUUAACAAAACCAUAUGACUCACACACCGAUAUUAGAGCGUUUUUGCAAGAGAAAUCUAAGAUUUUGUACAUGAACAAUUUACCGCCCGACACAACUCAAAGUGAGUUGGAAUCAUGGUUUACCCAAUAUGGUGUUAGACCAGUUGGGUUUUGGACUGUCAAAAACAUCGUAGAAGAUACGUCUAACGUUAAUAAUAACUGGAGUCUAAAUAACAGUCCCUAUGUGGAAGAUCAAGAUAGUAUCUCAGGAUUUGUUGUCUUCCAAACACAUGAAGAAGCAACUGAAGUACUAGCGUUGAAUGGGAGAUCAAUCCUAUCUAAUCUGGCAAACACUAAGCAACCAAGGGUGGUGGAACAUGUCCUUGAGCUUCAACCUUCUUCCACCGGAGUACUCGAUAAGGCUCAAGAAAUUUUAUCGCCUUUCCCUCAAAGUAAAAACAAACCAAGACCAGGUGACUGGAAUUGCCCAUCUUGUGGUUUUUCAAACUUUCAAAGACGUACUGCAUGUUUUAGAUGUUCUUUUCCGGCACCAUCAAAUAGUCAAAUACAUACUGCGAACUCAAACAAUAAUGUUAACAGUAGUAGAAAUAAUUUAAACAAUCGCGUGAACUCGGGAUCUUCAAGCAAUAUUAGUAACACUGCAGCGAAUCACCCCUAUGGUGCCCCUGAGUUCAACAUGAUUGCUAACAACACGCCAGCAGCUUUAACAUACAAUAGAGCUCAUUUUCCUGCAAUUACGCCAUUGUCGCGACAAAAUUCAUUGAACAUGGCACCAUCGAACAGUGGGUCGCCGAUAAUUAUAGCGGAUCAUUUUUCGGGAAAUAAUAAUAUAGCCCCAAAUUAUCGUUAUAAUAAUAAUAUUAACAAUAACAACAAUAAUAUUAACAAUAUGACCAAUAAUAGAUAUAACAUUAAUAACAACAUCAACGGUAAUGGGAAUGGUAAUGGGAACAACAGUAAUAACAAUAACAAUCAUAAUAACAAUCAUAAUAACAAUCAUCAUAAUGGUAGUAUCAAUAGUAAUAGUAAUACCAAUAAUAAUAAUAAUAAUAACAAUGGUAACAAUAGUAAUAAUUGUAAUUCCAAUAUCGGUAUGGGAGGAUGUGGCUCCAACAUGCCAUUUAGAGCAGGAGAUUGGAAGUGUUCCACGUGCACGUAUCAUAACUUUGCUAAAAACGUAGUGUGCUUACGCUGUGGUGGUCCAAAAUCAAUAAGCGGCGAUGCAAGUGAAACCAAUCAUUACAUAGAUUCAUCAACAUUUGGACCAGCGUCGCGUACUCCCAGUAAUAACAAUAUUUCUGUUAAUACUAAUGGUGGUAGCAAUGCUGGUCGCACCGAUGGGAACGAUAACAAAGGUCGUGAUAUUAGUUUGAUGGAAUUUAUGUCACCACCGUUAUCGAUGGCAACAAAGUCAAUGAAGGAGGGAGAUGGGAAUGGUAGCUCGUUUAACGAGUUCAAAAGUGACAAAGCUAACGUUAAUUUUUCCAAUGUUGGUGAUAAUAGCGCUUUCGGUAAUGGUUUUAAUAGUUCAAUACGUUGGUAG